AUGGCAGAGAAAACAGGUUUAAUUAAACGAUUUUUUCGUAUUCGUGAAAAUUUAGCUAUGGCCUUUGUGUAUUCGCCUUUCUUCAUUUUGUCACAGAAAAUAUUUAAGACAGUUAAGACCAUUCGCCUGGACUGUUUACAAGAGUUUAAGAAGAACAUCACAAAUACACCCGACACUGAAGAUACCACCAUUGCUUCACAGGUUCUUUUUUUAGAAGAAAUCUUUGCAGCAUCAUUCAAGUUGUAUAAGAUUAACGUGCCCUUGAAUCACAAUGAAGCCAUUUUCAAUAAUUACUUUGUUGAACCAAACUUAAAGGCUGUUUGCAAUUCAAUUGAUCAUAGCAAAUAUAAUUGGGCAAAACUAGGAUUCUUUGACGGUGAAGAAGAGCUUCUUUCCAUGACCAAGCAGCUAAAACGAAAAGGGAAAUUUGUAGAUCACCGAUAUAUUUAUAAGGCUGAUGGUGUAGUACGUCUUCAAGAAGCCCAUGACAUCGAAAUUUGCGUGUAUGCAUCAGUUGAUAUCUUUGAACAAUUAAAAAUAUAUUUCGUUCAUGCAGCAGAUGAGGUAUUCCAUUUCUGGAGAGAGGGUGUGCUCAACAUUGAGCCAAAGUUCGAAGAUAAAGAAACGUAUCAACAAGAUAUAAUAACUUUUUAUUGGACUUUCAAGUGCAAAUUAGAGGAAAGCUUGGAUGCAGUAAAGAAGAUCCAAGAUUCUCAUAAAAUCAAUAGAUAUAAUUCUGGAGAAAAACCCAAAUUAUUAUCACAAAUCAUCAAUCCUAAUAUCAUCAAGUUGACUGAAAAUGACCAUAAGAAAGGCAUGGCGGAUUUGGGACCAUUUGAUUCACCUGAACAUGAUUAA